AUGGCGUAUGCACAACGCGUGUCUCUAAAUUGCUUGGAAUACUUAUGUGAUGUUUACGAUAAACUACCUGAUUCGUCUCGAAAGGAGAUCACAUGGAGUUCGUACGGUUCUCCCCUUAUUGAAAUUGUUAAGGGAUGCAACUGGGCAGCUAUUAGAAUUGUUGAGAAACAUAGAGAGUUCAUGGACAACUUGGUGGAUGAGCCAUUCGAUGACAAUGCAAAUACGCCCAUGCUAAUUGCCGUACGAGAAAGCAAUAUAGAAAUAGCAAAAUGGCUCAUAAACCUACCAGGAAAGAAUCCAGACAUUGAGAAAAAAAACGUCGAAGGAGAGUCGCCAAUUUAUCUUGCAGCACUAAAAGGCCAAGUUGAAGUUAUUAAAGAAAUGUUGUCAGCCCUAUGUACGUAAAAUUUAAAAAAAUUUAAAAUGUUGCACAUUUUUGUAUCUGUUCACAAUAAAAAUGACUGUUUUUGAAAAAGGAAUUGCGUAAUUGAUAAUGAUUCCAAUUGUCUUUAUACACAUCUCGAUGAUUGGAUUUUGGUGAUCAUUUUUGAAAUUUCAUUUAGAUCCACGCUCACAAAAACGCCGAGAAACUUUAUUUGCAAAUGAAAAUCUGUAUGGCAUCGGCCACUCAAUAUUCUAUCCAGCAUCUCAGAGUGGCAAACCCGCUAUUCUUGAUUUUCUGAUGAAAGAGAAAGCAGCACGUCGAUUGCUACAAAGAGAACUACAACAUUCUCAAUCUGAAACGUUCAUUCUUGGCGUCUGUCAUUCAGGAAGUGAAAAAUUCUUGAAAACAAUGUUGGAAUUGCACAAGGAUUUGCAAAUCGGAGGUUUGAAAGAUAAAGAGGGAGUCACGCCGUUGAUGCGGUAAUAUGCUUUGCAAUAUA